AUGGUGUUUUUCUCGUGCAAUAAUUGUGGAGAAGCUUCGAAGAAAAACCAGGUAGAACGGCAUAUGUAUAUUUGCAAGUUUGCAACAUUCAGUUGUAUUGAUUGUCAGCUGGUUUUCACAAAAGACACAUAUAAGGAUCACGUGAAAUGUAUUACCGAAAAUCAAAAAUAUGGUGGAAAAAAUUAUGUUGAAAAAGAAAAUAAGGGUGAGGUAAAGCAGAACGCAUGGGUGGAUCAAGUAAAUCGAGCCAUCGAAUUGGUCGUUGAUCCGCAAGUCAAAGAACUACUGAAAAGCGUUGCAGGGUUUGCGAACAUUCCCAGAAAGGAGGCGAAAUUCAUUAAUUUUCUUAAAAACUCUUUUCGCCUUCGUGAUAAUUCGUUAGCAGUUCGCGCAUGGCAGGCGAUUGCUGCUGAAGCCGAGAAAAUGAGACAAGAAGCCAUUAAGAAGCAGGCUGAAGUGCAAAAGGCCGAGAGGGUAGAGAAGAAAGAAGCGGCCAAUAGAAAAAUUGAGGAGAAGAACAAUAAAAAAGAAGAAAAGAAAGAUGAAGAUGAAACUACUACUACAGUUGAGACAAGCAAUUUCAAAUGGAAAAAAGCGAUUAAGAGGAAAUUGAAGGAAAAUGGUGGAGAAAUGAAGAUGAAGAAGCUUAAAAAGGCGAUACUCGAAGAAUAUCCAAACGGAGAAGAAGAGAAUUUCGAUGAAUUAUUUGAGGAGAAGCUGAAGAAGUGUCCAGUUCGAGUGGAAGGCAAGAAGGUCGUGCUCGAAUCUUCCUAG